AUGCCUUCCAUGACCGGAAACGACAACAUGAAAAAGGAGAAACCCCCCGGACGCCCAGCCAUUCCGCUGGGCCCCCGAGGCUUCCCUCUGACCGACUCCCGCAUCGCACGCGAGAACUACGAGAAGCAUAAUGAUGGCAAGGUCCUCCCGACUUGGGAAUUAGGUCUUUCGCCCCCGCCCCCAGGAUCUGCUGCUUUCAUGGCGGCUUCGCGUGGACAAUCCCACGCCUACCCACCUGCCCAAGGUUUCAAUGCCUAUGGCGGUGCCGGUUCCGGUGCCGUUGGCCCUGUAGGCACCUCUGGUGGUGUCAGUACCUACGGUGGAAAUGUUGGUACUGGUGGCAACAGUACUGCGAGCACUUCUGGUCGUUCUGGAAUUGCAGGUACCUAUAAUGGCAUUCGUACCUCUGGCGGCACUGCUAGCAUUGCCAGCAUUGCAGGCGCCCGUGGUAGUGAUCAUGCCUACGGUGAUCUGAGUUUUAUCGGUAGUUCUCUUCGCUCUGGUAGAAUUGGACACUAUGGUAGUGGCGACACUUAUCGUACCAGUGGCAACGAUGUCUCUUGGAACCAGCCUCCCUCAGGUUCUGGCUAUCGUGCUACUACGCCACUGUGUCCUGAUCCAAACUCUGAUGGAGAGAUGUCCAAUUCAAGGACACCUAAGGUUGUACUCCCUCCACAAGAUCAGCGUACCCUUGCGCCUCAGACUUCGGACAAGUUUGGUCAGAACCCAACUGCACCACCGCAAUCUCUCUAUAUGCCUCGCUUCAUCCCUGGACCCCGACGAGACGUCCCUCGGCCCGCUGUCACUGUCAACGAUCAAUCAUUUAAUGCUCCUCAUUUCCGCUCUCACAAGCAAAUCCAUGCGUUGAGCGCAGUUGCUCCCCAAAGUCCGAAUUUCGUGCAGCUACGUUCGCAGGGGGAAACGCUACAGGAUUUAGAACUACGAGCACAACAACGACGACGACGAGCCCAGGAUCUGCUCGCAAAAGAGCGGGGAGUAUCACAACGAGAAGUUUUCGAUGGCCAAUCCAGUCUUACACAAAAGGGCGACAAUGAGCAUAUGCAGCAAAUAAAACAACGAGAGAUGUCACAGCAAACGCAGUCACAGAAAAUAUCGGAGCAAAUGCAGCACUUGCAGAUUUCCCAGCCGACACCACGUCUGCCUCAAGCACAGCACUCACAGCUGGCCCAGCAGCAGAAACAAGGCCCAAGUCGAAGCCCAAGUCCAUUCGAGCUGCCGCCACUGUCUGAGGCGCACAGACUUCAGCGCAUUCGUGACGAGAAGAUGAAAUCCUUCGACUCGGACGACGACGAUGAGUUUUAUCCGCACAAUGAUUAGAUGGGUGUUUCGAAUAUGAAUGACGCUCGGAACCAUAAGGCGUUGGACAUUGCUACGAUAAUUUGCAGCUCUUAGGAGCCAAAACAGUGAAGCAGCAGCAGG